AUGCCAUGCUUUAAGGGUCUCGCCGUGAGUAUCCACACUCCGGACGGCCCUAUCUCCGAGUACUCGAUCCAACGUCAAUCGCGGGCCUCUCGCAUAGCCUGUUACAUCCCGGUCCCGCCGCCCAAACUGCCUGAUUCCGCCACCGGCAAGCCAGAGCAAUCGACCUUUGCCAUCUCCAUCACCCUGUUAAACCCCGGUCAAAAUGUCCCCUACUCCACACCGAAAUCCACCCUUGACAACCCCACACCUAAACCUAAGGUCGUGGGGGGGCUCCCCGGUCCGACGGCGGAGCGGGGCCAGUAUUCCAGCAUGGUGGCGCCGUACCAGGCACUGACCAACUCGCCCAAUGAGACGGUCGCGGCGUACAUCUACUUCGACGGACGGCAGAAGGAGGAGGUGGCUACCCUGCUACGGAGAGGGGAGGAGACCUGGGUCAACUCUCGCUGGGUCAGCAUCCCCGAAUCGGAGGGAGGGGGCCUGGCCGAGCGCGAGUUUCUCUUCCGCGAAGUUGGGCUGGAGAGAUGGCUGAAUGGACUGGAUCUGGAGGGGAAGGAUGCGGCCGCCAAGAUUGAACGGCGGCGUCAGAGGAUGGAGAAGCGUCGCUUGAAACGAGAGACGGGGGAGGGUCCUCUCGACCUGGAGAUGGAUCCCAAGCGUGAGAAGGGCAUCAUGCGCUAUGGAAAUGACGCCAGAUCCCCGCUCGAGGACGUCUCCGACGAGGACAUGUCCUCCGACUCCGACGACGAUCCCAUCCCCGAGUCCGCCGGUCAGAUCAAGGUAGCCCUGUUCCGCGUUCUGGCCUCGGGGGAGAUCAAACGGGGCGAGUAUUCGCCGCAGUUUGAUGCCCACGAUGACGAUGAUGACGAAGGUCAAGGCGGACAGAAUAGCAACGGCGGGGCCGAUGCGGACAUUGACCAUACCACCAGUUUUGCGAAGCCGAAAUCUCUCGAUCCGAAGUCCAUCAGCACCCAGACGGUGACGGGGAUUGACCCGUCCGAUAAGCCGUAUGCCAUUUUCACGUUCAUGUACCGGGGAGAGCGUGAGUUUUUGCCCUGUCCCUUCUUCUACUCGGGUCGUUUUAUUCCGACGGCGCUGACCACUCUCCCAGGACAAUUACAGAAGAUGGGGAUGCUGAAGGAUCCCAAGGGCCAGGAAACGCCGGGAUCGACGAAACGCCGAUCUUUGCAACCCGACUUUACCAAUCUGGGUCCGCUGAAGCCUGGUGGGACAGUUGGGUUCCUGAAUUUCCGGGACAGUGCGGAGAACAAGGACCGGAAAGCCAAGAAAGGCGCUGGAGAUGGCGACAUGGAUAGUGAGGACGACGACGACCACUCGAUCUUGGACAAGGCCGACGACGAAGAGAGCAAGGAUGAGGAUCGACCUCUUUCCCCCGAUGACCUCAGACGUCAAGGUGAGCUCGCCGAAGGAGUCCGCCAGAUCAAGGUACGCACGACUAUACUCUCCCCAAGUUUUUUCGUGAUGGUGGACAAGGUUCCUAACAUGUAUAUCCAGUUGAAACGUCAGCAUUCGUCGGCAUCUCUAGGAGUCAACACCCCCAAGAGCGAUGUGACCAGCCCUCCAGCUCUGGGAGAAACCACGCCCACUGUCUCGACCACACCCCCCACGGCCCCUGCAGUCCCCAGCGCGACCCUCGAUGCGCCCAAGCCGCCGAUGAAUCCCUUGGAGGGCGGGUUUGUCGGUAGUCCCCUGAAGAAGCAGCGAGCCAGUGUGUCUGAAGCGGACGAUCAUGCCGUGCGACGAAGGAUCGAGUCAGGGCUCUCUCAACAAGUCAGUGGGAUCUUCGACAGUGCUGGCACCGAAAACCCGUCUGCCCCGGGGACGGACGCCAAAGCGUUUGGAGAUCACCUUCCACCGAAGCCGACUGCGCAGGAAGAUGAGGAGGAACUUUAA